AUGAUAUGUUUUAUUGAUCCAACCUAUUUCUUUGGUGAUGAAUGUCAAUUUUAUACCAAAGGUCUUGGCUCAACAUUAGAUGAAAUAUUAAGUUAUGAAUUAAAACGUAAUACAAUAUUACCUAAACAAUUUAUCACAGUAAUAAUGAGUCUUACUAUUACAAUGAUAAUAUUUGUUAUAGGUAUCAUUAAUUGUAUUUUAUCAAUAAUGGUUUGUCGUCGACAAGCAUCACAAAAAUUUGGUUGUGGAAUAUAUCUUUUAGUUGCGUCAUAUACUUCGCUAAUAAUUAUAAUCUUAUUUCUUAGCAACUUUGUUGUUUAUGUUCCUCAAAUAAUUCAACUUCAUGCGUUUACUGACAACAUAGAAGAACGAAGUUGGUGUGUCAUUACUUAUUCAUCAUUUAUGCAAACGUACAGUUUUACUUUGAUUAUGUUUCAUUAUAUUGGUUCGUUAGUAACUAAUGUAAUAACUACUCGUCAGCGUUACCGAACAUCUAUUAAGAGUAAUCCAAGAUUCCAAGACCUCCUUAAAAUAAGUCAAUAUCGAAUGAAUACAACUAUUCAAUCAGUUUUAAAUAAUCUAAUGGUUGAAGAAUAUAUAAUUAAUAAAUCUUAUGAAAACUAUUUUAAUCAAUGUGCACCAUCGUCAUGUUCAUAUAAUUAUAUGAAAAAAUAUCAAGUUACUGAAGGAAUAAUAAAUAUCAUUAGUCUCUAUAGUGGAUUAGUAAUUCUUACUCGUUGUUUAUCUGUGGUACUCAUUAAAUUAUGUUCAUAUAAAUCAAAUCGGAUUACAAUAUCAAUUAUCGAUCAAAAUACGUAG